AAAGGCAUGUACCUGUUCUUGAGCCAUACAAUGAAUUACUUUACAAAGUAAUUUCCCAAGUUUUCUCUAGAGCACUUGUUCUUGAGACCCUCCCUGAACAUGGCAAGGAAACUUGGAAAUGUAAUGCCUUCAGGCAACCGUCCAGCAGCUCCUGGGGUGUGCUGUUGUUCACAUCUCCAUGCCGUCAAAGCCCAAAAGGAAUGUCUCUUUCGGAUCACAUGGUGCCUAUUUAUAGAUGGCACCGACUGCUCUCUUCCCCUCUGCCAGCAAGCUUGCAAACGUGAAGGUCACGAAAGAGGCAGUCCUUCCGGACUGCCUUUUUGUGCCUCAUGGGGGACAGAGCGAGAUCCUAAGGACACCAGCCUCAGGACCACCGAACCAACGUCAGAGGUAGCCCACUCUGUUUCUGGAACCGCAGGCAUGGCAGGCUUGGUGGGGUAUGUUAGCAACUGCUCAUUGCCAUCCCUUCUCACCGUACAUAUUCGGAUGUUACGGCCACCGGUGGGACGACGUACGUUUCGAGCUUUCCCGACUUUAUGGAGAGAAGAGACGGCAAAAGGAACUCGUUAUCAAGAUCUUGUGGUUGGCGUUCCCAAGGAAAUCUAUAAAAACGAAAAGAGAGUCGCUCUGUCCCCUGCUGGCGUACAAGCUUUGGUGAAACAAGGGUUUAAUGUACAGGUGGAACAAGGAGCCGGGGAAGAAGCCAAGUUCUCCGAUGACUGGUACAAAGAGGCUGGGGCAAAAAUCGGAGACUCAAAAACUGUGUUUGGAUCUGAUCUCGUUUUAAAGGUCAGGGCUCCAGUUUUUAGCGAAGCGUUGGGUGUCCACGAGGCCUCACUGCUCAAGGAGAAAGCAACGCUUGUGAGCUUCAUCUAUCCAGCCCAGAACCCAGAUCUACUGGAGAAGCUCGCCCAACGGAAAGCGACAGUCUUGGCGAUGGACCAAGUGCCCCGGGUCACCAUUGCACAAGGAUACGAUGCCUUAAGUUCGAUGGCCAACAUUGCAGGAUAUAAGGCGGUCGUCCUGGCAGCCAACCAUUUUGGAAGGUUUUUUACGGGGCAAAUUACAGCAGCCGGGAAGGUUCCUCCGGCCAAGAUGCUGGUCAUCGGCGGUGGAGUCGCUGGGUUGGCUGCAGCUGGAGCAGCCAAAUCCAUGGGGGCCAUUGUGAGGGGGUUCGAUACCAGGCCAGCAGCUUUGGAGCAGUUUAAAUCCUUUGGAGCCGAACCCUUAGAAGUUGACAUGGCUGAAACGGGAGAAGGAGUUGGCGGUUACGCAAAAGAAAUGUCCAAGGAAUUCAUUGAGGCAGAAAUGGCCCUCUUUGUCAAACAGUGUAAAGAGGUGGAUAUUAUUAUUACCACGGCACUCAUACCAGGGAAAAAAGCUCCAAUCCUCAUCACUAAGAAUAUGGUGGAAACCAUGAAGGACGGCUCCGUCAUUGUCGACUUGGCUGCUGAGGCUGGAGGCAACGUGGAAACCACCCAGCCUGGAGAACUUCAUGUGCACAAGGGCGUGGUGCACAUCGGUUACACGGACCUGCCAAGCCGAAUGGCUACCCAGGCCAGUAGCCUUUAUUCCAACAACAUCUUGAAGUUAUUAAAAGCCAUUUCUCCGAGCAAAGAGUAUUUCCACUUCGAGCCAAAGGAGGAGUUUGAUUACGGGACGAUCGAUCACGUCAUUCGAGGAACUACGGUCUUGAAGGAAGGAAAAAAAUUGUUUCCGGCACCUUUACCAAAAACGCUGCCCCCUUCUGCUCCGUCGAAACAGAAAACAGUCCAGGAACUAGAAGCAGAGAAACAAGCGGCGAUUUCCCCGUUCAGAAGGACAAUGACUUCUGCUGGAGUUUAUACCGCAGGCUUGACAACCGUCCUGGGAUUGGGUCUUGCUUCUCCAAACGCAGCUUUUACCCAGAUGGUGACCACGUUUGGCCUCGCAGGCAUCGUGGGCUACCACACGGUCUGGGGCGUGACCCCCGCUCUUCACUCACCUCUGAUGUCAGUAACGAACGCCAUUUCGGGGUUGACUGCCGUGGGCGGUUUGGUGUUGAUGGGGGGGUCGUACCUUCCUUCUAGCACGCCACAGACGUUAGCUUUGCUGGCUGCCUUUGUUUCCUCAGUCAAUAUUGCAGGUGGUUUCUUAAUUACCCAGCGCAUGCUGGACAUGUUUAAACGUCCAACAGAUCCACCGGAAUACAAUUAUCUCUACCUCCUCCCUGGAACUGCCUUUGUUGGAGGCUACGGAGCAUCUCUUCUCACGGGAUACAGCAUUGAGCAGAUGAUGUAUCUGGGAUCAGGCCUUUGCUGUGUUGGGGCGUUGGCAGGGUUGUCCAGCCAGAGUACGUCAAGAUUGGGCAAUGCCCUAGGGAUGAUCGGGGUUGCUGGCGGCCUGGCAGCCACCUUAGGGGCGCUGAAGCCAUCCCCAGAAGUGAUGGCUCAGAUGUCGACAGCCAUGGCGAUGGGAGCCACGAUUGGUCUCACGACGGCAAAGCGGAUCGAGAUCUCGGACCUUCCCCAGCUCGUUGCGGCCUUCCACAGCCUGGUGGGUUUGGCCGCGGUGCUGACCUGUAUUGCAGAGUACAUGAUUGAAUAUCCACACUUGGACGUCCACCCCUCGGCUAGCGUGCUCAAGACCGUGGCCUAUUUGGGCACCUACAUUGGUGGAGUGACCUUCAGCGGCUCCUUGGUAGCCUAUGGGAAGCUACAAGGCUUAUUAAACUCGGCCCCACUCCUCCUGCCUGGUCGCCAUUACCUGAACGGCGGACUUCUAGCAGCUUCCGCAGGCGGCAUGAUACUUUUCAUGGUGGAUCCCAGCUACGCCACGGGCAUGGCUUGUCUUCUCGGCGUGUCGGGACUUUCUUCGGUCAUGGGAGUGACCCUGACGGCGGCUAUCGGCGGGGCAGACAUGCCUGUGGUGAUCACGGUCCUCAACAGCUAUUCCGGAUGGGCCUUAUGCGCCGAAGGGUUUCUUCUCGAGAACAACCUGAUGACCAUUGUGGGUGCCUUGAUUGGUUCUUCAGGAGCGAUCCUGUCUUACAUCAUGUGUGUGGCCAUGAACCGAUCUUUGCCAAAUGUCAUUUUGGGUGGAUAUGGUACAACAUCUACAGCCGGAGGAAAACCCAUGGAAAUAGUCGGAACGCACACGGAAGUUGGGAUUGAUCAGACCAUUGAUCUGAUCAAAGAAGCCAACUCAAUCAUCAUUACACCUGGUUGGGGUCUCUGUGCAGCCAAGGCUCAGUACCCCAUCGCGGACAUGGUGAAGAUGCUGACCGAACAAGGGAAGAAAGUCAGAUUUGGGAUUCAUCCUGUGGCGGGCCGAAUGCCAGGGCAGCUCAAUGUUCUGUUGGCAGAAGCUGGCGUGCCUUACGAUGUCGUGUUGGAAAUGGAUGAGAUAAAUGAAGAUUUCCCAGAUACAGACCUCACUUUGGUGAUCGGUGCCAACGACACUGUGAACUCUGCUGCUCAAGAAGAUCCAAAUUCAAUUAUAGCUGGUAUGCCUGUCUUGGAGGUCUGGAAGUCUAAGCAAGUCAUUGUCAUGAAGCGCACUUUGGGCGUUGGGUACGCCGCCGUCGACAACCCCAUUUUUUACAAGCCAAACACCUCAAUGUUGCUCGGGGAUGCCAAGAAGACCUGCGACGCUCUACAAGCCAAAAUCCGGGAAGCUUAUUAUAGCCAUUAGUCAGAUUCGUAUAAAAACACGAGGGCGCCCAAGCGGAGAGGGAUCAGUUCUGUUGGGCACCCUUAAUUUUAUUGAGGGACUUGUGCGCGUUGAUGUUAAUGGUACUUAUGGGAGGAAAAGGGUAGUCGUUAACCAGCCAAGGAGCAGAUGAAUCAGCAAGGCCAGCAGAAGCUGUGAUGAACCAAAACCACUCCUAUCCUGCUGAGGCGGGAAAUUAUAUAGGUCCUAAAUCCAAAAUUUUCAAGACCAUCUUCGUCCUGGCCUAAUUUUAUGCCAUUCUUGGGCUGGAGGGGUUUCGAAUCUGGAAUAACUCCGUUCCUCCCUUGCUCCAAUUUCAGAUGUAGCACUAGCAGGAUCGUGUCCAUAAUUUAUAUCAUUUUGGGAUGACUUUCAGGGUGGAUGCAGUCUCUUAUUUAUAGGCAGCGGUGGGACAGGUAGGAGCCCUGAACGUGUUUGAUCGUGAGGGAAAUGAGUGGUUUCCGUACCUUUAUGGAUGAAAAUGUAAAUCUCUGGACUUAUUAAAAGGGCGUAUUAAGUAACGGGCAGA